GUUCAUUGGAACGAUGUGUCAAAAUAUUUCUUUGGAAAAUAAUCAAUAGAAGAUUGCAUUCGCAGCUUAAUAUUCUCACUAAACUAAAUUGAUGAUCGACAAACCAAACAUCAUGAACCAAGAACAAGACGCCGACCAAAGUGGAUCAGGUGUGAAGAGAAGAAAACCAAGUGAAGAAGAGAAUAGUCCAGCUGAACGUGCUGUUGUUGCUGCAAACGAUGAACAACAAUUGGCUGAUAUUUUCAAACUAACCAUCGACUGUUUCGAAGAAGUGUUCGAUUAUUUAUCGCUAAAGGAUUUGACAGCUAUUGGUCAAACAUGUAAACGAAUGCAACGAAUAGCCGGUCAUUGUUUUCAACAAAACUAUGGAGCCGCACAAGCUGAAUUUUGGAAAGAACAUUUUUGCCUCAACGAAGUCCAAUUAGAUUGUUUCAACCAUUUCUUACAAAAUGUUGAGAUUGAUGGUGACGUUUUCACAAGCGAUGAAGAUGCCAGUGUGUCUGAUGACUCUGAUGACUCUGAUGACUCUGAUGACUCUGAUGACCUCGAUACCAAAAUUUAUCCAUACAAUCAGACAAUAGAUUUUGUAACGCCAUUGAAACAUUCAACAUCCAUUAAAAAAAUCGAAUUCGGUGAUAUUGAUUUGGCAUUUAGUCAUAUGGAUGAGAUGAAGGCAGUGCUGAGUAAAGCUGAAAGCAUCACGAUAGACGGUCUUUAUUUAUAUCAAAAUAAGUUUGAUACUUUAAUUGCUGUUUGUCCAAAUGUAAAACAUUUAACUCUAAAAGGAUUGAUUAAUUCAGAUUUUGGAUACAGAUGGAUGCAUCGAAUCUACCCGGCAUUGGAACACAUUGAGUUGAUAACGCUCAUUAGAUCAAAAGUACCAGAGCUAAAAGCAUUUCUUGAGCUAAAUACACAAAUUGGCCAAUUUUCUGUAGACAAAGGACUAUUUUGGACAAACAGAGCAUUGUACAGAAAUUCAAAUAUCAAAUUUGAUACAUUGGCGAUUCACGAUAAUUGGAAAGUUGAUUUCAAUCGGUUUUGUAAUUUACUCAAUGAGCUCCAUGAAAUUGGAUUUUAUAAGAAACUGCAUUUUUAUUUUGGAUAUGGCAUUCAACAAAAACAUCUCGAUCACAUGGCUUCAGUCAAAAGAUUAGUGAAAAUUUGUGCCAAAAUGAAUGAUCAUGUUGCUGUUGGUGCCAUGACAAGUUUGGAAGAAUUGUAUGUCAAUGAGAGUCGUUUUAUCACUGAUCUGAAAUCACUCCCACAUAUCCUCUCCAAACUGCAACGCAUCGAUUUUUACAAAGCCAGCUGUGACGAUAUUUUGCCAUUUAUUUGCCACGCAGAGAAUAUGAAGAAAAUCAAAGUGUCAUCACUCUUGAGUGGAUCACAUUUCGAUGAAGACCAUAAAAUUCUCGAUUUAAUUGCGUUUAAUAAAGAGCGUGAGAAAUUAGUUGGAGCGCGCAAGAUCACGAUCUACGUCAAGGAAGAUGUGUAUUUGGCAACCAAAUGGGCAAUGAAACAGUCGGACUUCAAAUUAAUCGAAAUGAAACGAAUCACAUCGUACGAUUGGUCGCAUGUAUUUGAGUUGGAUUGAUUUAUGAAAAACUUUUCUGUCAAAUGACUCUUACUGAAUCUUUUUCUUAUGAUUUUCUUUGAAAUAAAUAAACGAAUGACAAUAGAGAUCGGUACGAAUAUCAACGUAUCAUGUACUUCUUA